AUGUUUAUUCAAAGUCAUGAAGAAAGGUCUUUUCUAGGUUGGAUGCGUGAAACUGGCAAUAUUUUUACUGGAGAUGAAUACAACUUCCGCUUUGGCGUUUGGUUAUCAAAUAAAAGAUAUGUUCAAGAACAUAAUGCUGCAAACUUCGGUUUUACACUCGCUAUGAACAGAUUAGCACAUUUAACUCCAACAGAAUAUCGUUCUCUUCUCGGAUAUCGCUCUAGUAAAGUUGAAAGAAAAGUUACAAAAUCAAAUGCUGUUGCUGCUGAUCAAAUUGAUUGGAGAAAGAAAUGUGUUGUUAACGAGGUACAGAAUCAAGGUGCAUGUGGAUCUUGCUGGGCCUUUUCUGCGAUUCAAGCUCAAGAAUCUCAAUAUGCAAUUGUUUUUACCCAGUUAUGGAAGCUUUCGGAGCAAAAUCUUGUUGAUUGUGUCAAGAAAUGUCACGGAUGCAACGGUGGAGAGAUGUACAUGUCCUACGAUUACGUUAUUCAAAAUCAGAAAGGAAAAUUCAUGCUAGAAACAGAUUACCCAUAUACAGCUAGAGAUGGUGUAUGCAAAUUUGAUGCAUCCAAAGCUGUAUCACAGAUUUCCAGGUACGAAUGGGCAGAUUUAGGAAAUGAAGAUGAUCUUGCCAGAAAAAUCUCUUCUAUUGGUCCAGCAUCUGUUGGUAUUGAUGCAUCUCUUGCUUCAUUCCAUCUAUACUCAGGCGGUAUCUAUGAAGACUCGGCCUGUUCGAUGUGGAGCCUCGAUCAUGGUGUUGGAGUUGUCGGAUACGGUUCUGAAAGCGGAAAGAACUACUGGAUUGUUAGAAACUCGUGGGGAUCUGCUUGGGGAGAGAAGGGAUAUAUCAGAAUUGCCAAAGAUAAGGAAAAUAUGUGUGGUAUUGCCACAGAAGCAAUUUUCCCAAUUGAUCAGUAA